UCUCUCGGUCGAUCCUUCAGGCUUCAGCUCCCUCGAUAGUCACUCCCUCCAUCAUGUCCGAACGCAAGGCCACCAUCUCCCGCAAGACUAACGAGACCGAAAUCGAGGUCUCUAUCAAUCUCGACACUCAGCCAGGCUCGGGCUUGCAGCAGGUCAUAGAUGUUUCUACGGGCAUCGGGUUCUUGGACCAUAUGUAUAAUGCGCUUGCGAAACAUUCUGGAAUGUCGCUCACACUGAAGGCGAAAGGAGACCUCUGGAUCGACGACCACCACACCGCAGAGGAUACUGCGAUCGCACUCGGGACUGCGUUCAAGGAGGCCCUAGGUGAAGUUCGAGGCAUCCGUCGAUACGGAACAGGCUUCGCUCCUCUCGACGAGGCCCUCUCCCGUGCGGUGAUCGAUAUCUGCUCAAGACCGUACUGUGUCACCGACCUCGGCCUCAAGCGCGAAAAGAUAGGCGAUCUGUCGACGGAGAUGAUCCCGCAUAUUUUCUACUCGUUCGCUAUAGCCUCCGGAGCCACAUUGCACGUCGAUGUGUUGCGCGGGGAGAAUGACCAUCAUAGAGCGGAGUCGGCGUUCAAAGCGUUGGCGCUGGCGAUCAAGCAGGCGAUCGAACGGACGGGAGGGAACGAUAUUCCCAGUACCAAGGGCGUCCUAUAAGCCGUAACGGUGCUUUCUGGUCUCCAGGAAGAUGGUGGUGGUGGGAUGAAUGCAACUGACCAGCAGAGACCAACCACAUUGUGAUACUUAUAUUUGUAACGAACGACUGUAUGUACAUCUCCUACAGCAAACGAGACAAGUACACAUAGC